UUUGCCUGAGGAGAGCUGUUUGACGGCCGGGCUCCCAGCCUGAGAGGAUUUUCCGGUUGUUAUUACCCACAAGCUCCUGGGUUCAAACUAACCUCGGGUUCUGGGUCCCUUUCCGGUGUCCUCAAGGCUAUAAGACUCUGUGCGGUGAGCUGGUCGCGCCGGGCGCGCGUGGGGGGUCUCGGCGGUGUCACCGGAGUCGGCGCCGAACUGGCAAUGAGCGUGGGGGUGUCCCCGGGAGGCGCUCGAGGUGAGGAGGCCCCGGUCGCGGACUGAGCGUGUCGUGUCCCGAGCCUCAAGCCUGUGUGUGCGCUAGUGGCUAAGGACGGCGUGACAGACGGCGUGACAGCACCGGCUCUGGCUUCUCUGAAUUCUAUGCUUCACCAAUAGAGGAACCCCAUGGAGCAUUAAUUAGUUCUUGCAAUUGUAGAACCAUGACUGAUGGGUUGGUGACCUUCGGGGACGUGGCCGUCGACUUCUCCCAGGAGGAGUGGGAGUGCCUGGACCCUGCCCAGAGGGACCUGUACAUGGAUGUGAUGUUGGAGAACUACAGUCACUUGGUCUCACUGGAUUUGGAGUCAACAUCUGAGACCAACAAUACCUUUUCAGAAAAGGACAUUUUUGAAAUAAAUUUUUCCCACUGGGAGAUAAAGGAAAGAAGUAAACCUUUUGGCCUUCAGGCAUCCAUUUUCAAAAAUAAUUCUAAGUGCAAAAGCAAAUUCAAGGGACUACAGGGACAUCAAGAGGGAUACUUUAGUCAAAUGAUAAUCAGCUAUGAAAAAAUGCCCACUUGUAGAAAAGGCAAAUCUCUUACUGUACAUCAAAGAAUUUAUAAUAGAGAGAAACCCUAUGUUUGUAAGAAAUGUGGGAAGGUUUGUAGUCAUGGCUCAAAACUCAUUCAACAUGAGAGAACUCAUACAGCUGAAAAACACUUUGAAUGUAAAGAAUGUGGGAAGGACUUUUUUAGUGCGUAUCAACUCACUGUGCAUCAGAGAAUCCAUACUGGUGAGAAACCCUAUGAGUGUAAAGAAUGUGGGAAGGCCUUUAGUCGUGGCUAUCAACUUACUCAACAUCAGAAAAUUCAUAUUGGUGUAAAGUCUUAUGAAUGUAAAGAAUGUGGGAAAGCCUUUUUUGGGGGCUCAAGCCUUGCCAAACAUAAGGUAAUUCAUACAGGUGAGAAACCCUAUAACUGUAAAGAAUGUGGGAAGGCCUUCAGUCGUGGCUAUCAACUUACUCAGCAUCAGAAAAUCCAUACUGGUAAGAAACCCUAUGAAUGUAAAGUGUGUGGAAAGACUUUUUGUUGGGGCUAUCAGCUUACUCGGCAUCAGAUAAUUCAUACUGGUGAGAAACCCUACACAUGUAAGGAAUGUGGAAAGACCUUUAAUUGUGGCUCAGGUCUUGUUCAGCAUGAGAGAAACCAUACUGGUGAGAAGCCCUAUGAGUGUAAAGAAUGUGGGAAGGCCUUUAGUCGUGGCUAUUACCUUUCUCAACAUCAGAAAAUCCAUACUGGUGAGAAACGUUUUGAAUGUAAAGAAUGUGGGAAGGCCUUCAGUUGGAGUUCAACCCUUGUUCAACAUGAAAGAGUCCAUACUGGUGAGAAAUCCCAUGAAUGUAAAGAAUGUGGGAAGGCCUUUGGCAGUAGGUACCAACUUACUCGACAUCAAAUAUUUCAUACUGAUGAGAAACCCUACAAAUGUAAGGAAUGUGGGAAGGCCUUUAAUUGUGGCUCAAAUCUUGUUCAACACAAGAGAAUCCAUACUGGUGAAAAACCCUAUGAAUGUAAAGAAUGUGGGAAGGCCUUCAGUCGUGGCUAUAACCUAACUCAACAUCAGAAAAUUCAUAGUGGUGAGAAAUCUUUUAAAUGUAAGGAAUGUGGGAAGGCCUUUAUCCGGGGUUCAAACCUUGUUAAACAUGAGAGAGUCCAUACUGGUGAGAAAUCCUUUGAAUGUAAAGAAUGUGGGAAGUUCUUUCGUAGCGGCUACCAACUUAGUGUUCAUCAGAGAUUGCAUACCGGUGAGAAACCGUAUCAAUGUAAGGAGUACGGGAAGGCCUUUACUCAGGGCUCAAGCCUUUUUCAACAUGGGACAACUCAUAAUCAUGACAAAUCCUACAAAUAUGAAGAAUGUGGGGAAGCCUUUAUAUGGACAACUUACUCAAAUGAGACUAUUGAUCCUGGUGAAACUUUACAUUGAAGAGACAUCAACAUUCUUUUGUGUAUGGACAACUUACUGAACACGAGAAGAAAUCCAUUGAGAAACCUAAUGAAUGUAGGAAAUGUGUGAAAGAACAUCAAUUUAUACUGAUGUGAAACUGUUUUAAUGUAAGGAAUAUAUGAAGUUCUUUAUUCAUGGCACAAAGUCUGAUAAUUUUGGAGGAUUCAUACUCAUUAAAAACACUAGGGAAUAUGGGAAGAACUUAAUUCAGUUCUUGCUCUGCACAUCAGAGAAUUCAUACUGCUGUGACAUCCUAUGACUGAAAGGAAUGUGGGCUUAUAGAUGUGAUAAACAUCUUAGAGUACAUCAUAGAAUACAUCCAAAUGAAAAACCUUUGAAUUAGAAUGUAAGCAAGUCUUUAGACAAGUGCUAUUAAGACUUAGAAGACUAGAGCUAGUCCACAAAAUUGUUACCUGCCCAUCAUGAGAUAAAUGCAGAACAUGAAAGAUGUUUGAAGUUUUUUAUAGCAGUUUGAUAUUGCCAUAACAUUACCCUUGUAUUUUACAAAAAUAUCAGUUCAUGAAUGCUUGGAAAUUAAUAACAAAAAGUUUGCCCUUCCCCAGAAAUACUUUGAGAGACAACAUUCCCAUUUUUUAAAAUAUAUGAGACAAGUAACAAUAUGAUUUAAUUAAAAGAAAUCCCUCACUGUCACCUCUCUGAUUAGAAUGUCAGGAUAUUCAUACUAUAGGAAGAUUUGGCUAAUGUGGGAAUCAGAGCUUCCUUAAUGCCCAUAAAAACAUAAAAGAAUUUAUGCCAAAUACAUUCAUUUAGUAAAUGCAGAGAAGCCUUACAACACUACCCAAUCUUUUACACUUAAGCAAAGUCAUCCUAAAGAAUAACCCUGUUAAUGUAACAAAUAUAGGAAACAACAAAUGGCACAAACUAAUGUCAUCACCACCCCACCCCCUUACUACCUGUGAAGUAAUGGGCAAAAUGUUUGUCCCUUCUGGGUAUCAUCUUUAAAAUGCUGGUGAUGAGAAACUGUCUGAUUGUGCCGUUGUAAUGACCAGAUGGGCUUAGAAUGCCCCAGACCCGUGGAAGAGUAUCUCGUGUGUAGCCUGUGUUGGACCCAUACUAGCUCUUCUUAUCCUCAGCAUUAGUAUUACCAUUGGUGAAUUCUUAGGAGAUGAAUGCCCUUAGAAUAAUGGAUUUAGAAUAGCUUCCCAUAACCGCUUAACCAUUUGAAUUCAGAUAUUUCUAGAUAAAAUCUUAUUGAAGAAUCAGGGAGGGGGAAGCAAUUUGUCUAUAAUGAAUUCCAACACACAGGUAGCCAGUAAUUAAAAUUCUUCAUUCACAUUUCACAAUAUAAUAGAAAUUAAAGAUAGAACACAAAAAGAAACAUCCAUUUAGGAAUUCUUUCUCAAAUCUGUAUUAGGACUAUUUUCAGAUAUUAAGAAAAGUUUAGAGAAUAGUAUCAUGAAUAUCAUAUACUUUCUGUAUAGAAUCAACUGUUAACAUUUGGCCAUAUUUGCUUUCUCUUUCAAUUUAUAUGUAUAUGUAUAUUCAUCUACCAUUUGAGUUAUGUAGAAAUCAUGAUACUUAAUUUCUGAACAUAUUAGUAUGUAUCUUCUAAGACUAAGAACAGUCUUAUUCUUUAAUAUUAUGAUCACAUGAGAAAAUUAUCACUGAUUCUGUAAUACUUUUAUAUUCACUUCAUAUUUCCCAGUGUUCUCAAGAAUUUAUCCUAAUGCUAUUUAAUUUCUAAUGAGUAUCUUUCUAUAUUCAUGCAUGGCAUUGGGCUGUCAUGUGCCUAGAUUUUAGUCGAGUAGACUUUUUGAAGAGUUCAGGAAAGCUGUUUUAUAGAAUAUCAUACAUUCUAGAUUUGUUUCUUCCUUCAUGGUGAAAUUUGUGCCUGUAUCCUUUGUAUCUCUCAUAAAAUCAAAUUAGAGCCAGCAGCUUUAACAUUUUUGGCCAGAACACUUCAUAGGCGAUGUGCUUUAUAUCCAACACUUCAGAAGCACAUAAUGCCCACUUUCCAGUUGUCAUCAAUACUAAGUUCAAUCACCUGAUUAAGAUGGUGACUAAGAGUUCUCCAGUACAAAUAUCCAUCACACAACUAGUAGGAUCGGUGCGCCUUGGGCAACUACUUUUGGAAAGGUAUGAUCAUAUGUACAUAGAGGCUCUGAAUUAAAAGAGGAAAUUGAAAUAACUAUGGAUAUUUUUCAGAAAAGAAUGAUAAUAAAAUGUGUAUCGGAACUCAUAGGAUGUGCCUAAAGCUGUACUCAGUGAAAAAGUAAUAUCCUUUAAUGUGUCUUGGAAGAAACCAAGACGCAUCUGGCCCAGAUGGAGGGCUGGGACGUUUUUCCCAGUAUUUAGAUGGUUCUUGUCACAUGGAGCUAAGAAGCUAGGAAAAUAAACCCUAAGCCAAUACAGAGAAGCAGUUGAUACAACUAAAAUUGAGAUUACUGAUUAGGAAAACAGUAGUCUUCAGUCAGUAUUUUUCUCCGAAAAGUCCAUUAACUUCAACUAGACUUUGGUAAACCUGAACAAGGAAAAGUCAAGAAAGAAGGCAAUAUGCACAUUAAUAAGAAAGGAGACAAAUAAAUACGGAAAGUUUUAAAUUUUAAGGUAAUAGAAUAUAUUUAAACCUAUUUGGGCCACUAAAAAAUGGAAAACAAAACUUCGGUCCACAGUCCCCCUUUUAGAAACAACAUUAGGAAACUGUUAGCUCCUUAUGUAAAAACUCAAAGGUGAAAACAAAAACUAAAAAUUGUACUAGCUCCCCUUACCUGGAUAAUGUAAAUCUAGCUGCAAAACUGAGUAGAAAUUGCUUCUAAAAGCAAAAGUUGGAUGAAUUGAAUAAGUGCAAAAAUCUAUAAUAUCAGCAAACAAUUCAAAGGUUAAGUUGUAUGAGUUGUGUAAAAAAAAAAAAUUUGUAUGGAAUAUCUGGACCCAAAGUUCUCUAGUUUAGAUAUUAAUAUAGGCUGACCAAAAAAAGUAUCAGCACAAAUAUAACUCAUAAGUUUAUCUUAGAUUUACAUCACUUUAAAGUAUGAAUCACUCAUGAUUUAAUCAAUUCUAAAAAUAUUUGGAAAGCAGAACACAUCUUAAAAUUGGUGGCUUCUCAAUUAGGUAACCAGGUCACUGUCAUGACAGUACUAGCAUCAAAGCAUAUUAGUUAUGAUGAAAUAAGUGUAUGUUUAUAUACUCACCAAGUUAGAAGUCAACCCUUUAAAAAUUAUUCAUUUCCAAAAAUGUAAGUUCCAUCAAAAUUAAUGCAUUGACAAAUGUUUGUGAUUCAUCUUGCUCAUUUUUAAUCUGCACCUUACCUCUAUGUACAUUUUGUGUACAUAGGCCAUCAACUAUAUCACCGUUCAAUCAUUCACCAUCUGUUGUUGAUUGACAGCUUUGUUCCAUACAAUUGCAAAUAUAAUAAAAUGUGACACAAAGCAGAAUACUUUGUUUUAAUAGAAUAAACCAUUGCUAAUCAGUA